AUGGCGACCACACACCAUGGUCAAUCGCUGGGCGACCUGCACGACGAUGAGUCUCUCCUGGACGACGAUCUGAUCGAGGCUGACGAUGCCAUCGAGGCCGACGACCCCCUUCACGAAACUUCCGACACAGCCCCUCUCCGAGGCAACAUCGCAUCUGAUUCCGGCUCACGAGGUGGCAACACGGGCUAUGGCAACUACCUAACUUCCUCGAUCCCCGGCGAGGACCGCCGCGCGACGCAAAAUACCAUCGAUGAGACCGUAUGGGCAACGCUGUCGCGCGACUUGGUCGCCAUAUGGGAGAAGAUGCGCCUGCGUGGCGGCGGCGGUAUCAACGAUGCUGCAGAGCGAGGCGAGGCCUCAGGAUUCGGGCGGAACCUACGCGGGCUCGUAGGACGCUGGCCAGAUGCCGAUGUCGUUUUGCAGGGUGGCAUGAGCGAGGGACUGCGCGACUGGGACCUUUGGGGUCCGCUGGUCUUCUGCUUGGUUCUCAGUUUGUUUCUAUCUAUCGCAAACCGAGACCAAUCACCAAUGGUAUUCUCUGGUGUGUUCUGCCUCGUGUGGAUCGGCGAGACAGCGGUCACACUUCAGAUCAAGCUCCUCGGUGGUAAUAUUUCCUUCUUCCAGUCCGUCUGCAUCAUCGGAUAUACCCUCUUCCCACUCGUCAUUGCAGCUCUCUUGAGUGCUCUGGGCCUACCGACAAUCCCAAGAAUACCCGUUUACCUUGUUCUUGUGGCAUGGUCCUUGGCCGCCGGAGUCAGUAUCCUGGGAGGCUCAGGAGUCCUUCGAAACCGCGUUGGGAUUGCAGUGUACCCAUUGUUCGUGUUCUAUAUUGCAAUCGGGUGUCUCUGUUUUAUUAGUUAA